AUGCCUGCCUCUGCCAGCGUCCCAACUCUCCACAUCCAACGCCCCUCGGACGAGUCCGACAACAUCCAAGAGCAUGUCCCACUCACCAUCGCCGGAGACUGGCACUGCUGCAAGUGCCAGCUCCCAACGCCCAUCUACCUGCGUGCCGGCCCGCACCCGCUCGGCGCCCUCGCCUGCGAGUGCCCGCACAAGCCCUGCGGCAACUGCACCCUCACCAGCGAUCUCGUGAAGCAAUUCCUGCCCAUCGACGAGGCCGAGCCCGCCGUCAUCCCGGCCUCCCCCACUGGCCAAGAAGUCCCCUUCGGCAGCGUCUGCACCGCGUGCGGACUCUCCUGGCGCGCAAGGGAGAUUAGCCGUCAUAAGAAAUCGCUCCGCAAGAUGCCCUCGCUGAGCCUCGCGCAGCGCACCCGGAACCGCCUUGCGCCGGAGGGUGGCCGUCUGCGCAAGACGCAGAGCAGCCAUGUGCUCGGCAACAAGCGCAUCAUCACGCCGCCGGGGGUCGGGAAGCAGGCGGAGUUCGCGGCUGUCGAGUUCACCGGGCGCGAGUGCACGUGUGGCUGGGUGAUGGAUCUCGGCGCGCUGUGCUUCCAGAUCGUAGAGCCGCGGGUUGGCGAGGAGAAGGAGGAGCAGAAGGAAGAACUGAAGGAGGCGCUGGAGGAGGAGCAGGAGGAGGAGCCGCGCAAUGCUGCCGUGUGGUCGACCACGCCGGAGCUGGAGGCUAUGGGGCAUGGACACCGCACCCUUGUGGUGCGUGGCGUCGAGCAUCCGAAUCCGCUGCGCAGCUGCCCUGUGACUAGGGAUGACAUCUAG